UUUUAAAAGGGUUGAUUUAUGAGCCAAGUUAAGCUGCCUAUUAAUGGUACUAAACUUGCUCCCUUAAUUUUUUUUAUAAAAUAAAGAUUGUAGCCCAUGAAACGUAAAAUGUUUAUUAUUUUAUUCAUUUUUUUUGAAAUAAUUCUUUAUUGAGCGUUUUGAUCAGUGCAAGCGUAAAAUCGAACUUUCGAAACUAACGAAAAGAGUAAACAAAUAUAUUCUGGGAAAAGGCAGUACACUUUAAGAUAGUUUUUGAAGGAGAGCAUAUUUUUUUGUGAACAAAUAUUUAAGAAUUUAAAGAUGCCUACAUUUGCCAAAAACCAUGAAGAAUGUAGAAAAUCUGUUUGUGUUAUCUGUAUGAAGAAAGGUGAUCAAGAAUUGACUGAAAACUUCAAAGCUAAAAUUCUUCAACAAAUUCAGAAAGAAAUCAACUUCAAUGAUGACAGAGUACCAUUGGCGACCUGCAUCUCCUGCAGAUCUCACAUUGGAAAGCUGUGUGAUGGUAAAACAAAUGUUGUGCCUCAGAUUUAUGACUUUGAAUCAAUUUCGAUCAAGCCUCUUACUCGUUUUUCUACAGUCUGUGAGUGCUUGAUUUGUAAGAUUGCCAAACUCAAGGGAAAAGAAAGGCAUCCAUUAAGCAAGGUUCAAGAUUCAGCACCAAAAUUUCCCCAACAAUCUUCGCAAAAUGCAGAAAAACAUUGUACUAAGUGCUUGUCAGUUAUUGGUCGUGGGCUUCCUCAUUACUGCACUCCUGGAACACGCCAUGAAAAUUUGAGAAGAAUGGCUGCCUCUGAUCCCAUUGGUGCAGAGCAAGUUGCAGCAACAGUUUUGGCAUCAAAAAGUGCAUCUCCUCAUGGCACCAUCAGACUCAGUCAACCUUGUGGAAAGUUAUUGCCAUUGAGAAAAGGACCUUCAUCAGCACAGCAACUUUUCAAAGAGCCUCUCACAACGCAGAAUAUGGUUCAAAUUCAGCAGAAUAUAGGACUUUCAAACAAUGGGAUGAGAAAACUUGGAUCGGCACUAAAUCAAAUCAGUCCUAUCAGAUUGGUGGAACCAAGUUUUCAGCAAAAAUUCGCUCAAGCAGGCCAAAAACUUUGUGAUCUCUUCACUGUGAGCAGCAUCACUCUUGCUGAAAACAAUCAAUUAUCCCAAGUUGUGCAUUGUCAAAACCUCAGUAGUCUUAGUGAUGUCUUCUUAGCAUCAAGAAAGAUGACAGAUUCUGCAAUUUUGAAACUAGGGAUUGAUGGUGGAGGAUCUUUUUUAAAAGUCAGCUUCACACACAUCAUUGUGGAUGAAGGUGAGACACCGCCACAUAGCCCACUGCAGAAAACAAUCAAAUUGAUGUCUCCACAAACAACUAAAUCAACAAGUGUCAAGCAGCAACUACUGGUAGCAAUUGCACAAAACACUCCAGAGAACUACCAUAAUGUGAAGGCAAUUUUUGACCUCAUCCAAGUACAAGAGAAAUGUCAGAUGGAUUCUCUGGUCAUAUCAUGUGACCUAAAGUUGGCAAAUAUUCUGUGUGGCAUUCAAUCCCAUAGCAGCAAACACCCAUGUUGUUGGUGUGAUGUUUCGUCUUUAAACCUCCAAAACUGUGGAAGUCCUCGAACUUUUGGCGAGAUUAGGAGACAACAUUUUGAAUUCAUCAACGCAGGAGGAGAUACAAGAAAAUCAAAGGAGUUCAAAAAUGUCAUUCACGUACCAUUGGUUGAUUUUCCUGAUCACAAGCUUGUGCUUGAAGCUAUCCCUCCAAUGGAGCUCCAUUUGUUACUUGGAGUAGUAAACCAUUUGUAUAAAAAUCUUUGCAAAAUUUGGCCAGGGGCCGAGAAAUGGCCAGCUUCAUUUCAUAUUCCUAUUCAGCCCUACCAUGGUGGACAUUUCAAUGGGAAUGACUGCAUGAAGCUCUUGAGAGGUUUAGACAAGUUGCAAUUGGUCACAGGAUACAACAAUUUUAGUCAAGCUCAUGACGUCAUGCAAACACUUGCACUAUUUAAAGAUGUGGUCAUUUCUUGCUUUGGCAAUAAUUUGGAUCCUGAUUAUAAAUCGAAGAUCUCCAAGUUCAAACAAAGCUACAUCCGCCUACCCAUUUCAGUUACUCCAAAAGUACAUGCAGUGUUUUACCAUGUACCUCAGUUCAUCAAAAUCAAGAAAACAGGAUUGGGUCUCUUCAGUGAGCAGGCAACAGAAGCUCUGCACUCCAAUUUCAAAGUUCAUUGGGAGAGAUACAAACGAGAUUCCUCACAUCCAGACUAUGCCAGCCAACUCCUGAAGUGUGUGAUCGAAUACAACAGCAAGAAAAUCUAGAUCUAAAGAACAGUGUUAAAAAAAUUCUAAGAAUACUCCUAACAGAUUUGUGAUAUUUUAGUGCCUUUAUUUUGUUCCAGAUGAUUCGUCUCUAGAGAGCAUUAUAAUUUUUAAUGGAAUUAUAGAAAUUGUUGUUUAUCUUCUAAAUGCGAUCAUUAAGAAAAUAAAUGAAUAAAAUAAAAAAG